AUGGCUGCAGACAACACCUCUGUGAUAGAGUUUAUCCUCACAGGCUUAACAAACCAUCCAGAACUCCAGAUACCCCUCUUCUUCCUGUUUCUAGGUUUCUACACGGUCACCAUAAUGGGGAACCUGGGCUUGAUAACCCUGAUUGGGCUGAAUUCUCACCUUCAUAUUCCCAUGUACUUUUUCCUCUUCAACUUGUCCUUCAUAGAUUUUAGUUUCUCUACUGCCAUCAUCCCCAAAAUGCUAAUGAGUUUUGUCUCAAAGAAGAACAUCAUUUCCUAUGCAGGGUGUAUGACUCAGCUCUUUUUCUUUUGUUUUUUUGUCUUUUCUGAAUCCUUCAUCUUGUCAGCGAUGGCAUAUGACCGCUAUGUUGCCAUCUGUAAACCAUUGUUGUACACAGUUACCAUGUCUCCUCAAGUGUGUUUACUCCUCUCGUUAGGUGUCUAUGGGAUGGGAGUUUUCGGGGCUAUGGCCCAUACAGGAAAUAUAGUGUUUCUGACCUUUUGUGCUGGCAACAUUGUCAAUCACUAUAUGUGUGACAUCCUUCCCCUCCUUGAGCUCUCCUGCAGUAGCUCUUACAUAAACGUACUAGUAGUCUUUAUUGUUGUGACUAUUGGCAUUGGGAUGCCCAUCGUUGCCAUUUUUAUCUCUUACGGUUUCAUCCUUGCCAGCAUUUUCCACAUCAGGUCCACUGAAGGCAGGUCCAAAGCCUUUAAUACUUGCAGUUCCCACAUAAUUGCAGUUUCUCUUUUCUUUGGGUCGGGAGCUUUUAUGCACCUCAAACCACCUUCCGUUUUACCCCUUGAGCAGGGGAAAGUGUCUUCCUUGUUCUAUACCAUUGUUGUGCCUAUGUUCAACCCAUUAAUCUAUAGCCUGAGGAAUAAGGACGUCAAAUUUGCUCUGAAGAAAACCUUGCGCAGAAUAACUUUCUCUUGA